UCCCCUCAGCCCCGGGGGCGGGGCGGGCGCGUCACGUGACUCGCACCGCCUCUUCCGGCGCCAAGAUGUCGAAGCGAGGACGCGGAGGUUCGUCCGGGGCCAAGUUCCGCAUCUCCCUGGGUCUCCCGGUGGGGGCCGUGAUCAACUGCGCCGACAACACGGGGGCCAAGAACCUCUACAUCAUCUCCGUGAAGGGCAUCAAGGGCCGGCUGAACCGGCUGCCGGCGGCCGGCGUGGGAGACAUGGUGAUGGCCACGGUGAAGAAGGGCAAGCCUGAGCUGAGGAAGAAGGGUGAGUCCCACCAGGAAUGUCACAGAAAGCAGGGGGACAAAGGCUCCGGAGUGUCUCCUCCUGCCCCCCUUCUGAAAAGCACUCGUUGGGUCUGUGCCGUGGCUCAGGGAGUUGUCGUGGAAGGGCAGAGCAAAGGCGCCGCUUUUGGGUGAAGUGGCAGCUCGUGCUGCUGAUUUCAAUCAGUGGUGGGA